GUACCGAUCUCUGCGUGCUCGCCUCGACUGAAGCAUGGUUUGUGUGGAUGCUGAAGAGGACAAAAUAGAACUGAACAGAUAAAAAGUCCUUCAAUUGGGUCCUGGAUUCCUCCGCCAUCUGCUGUCAUCCACCUGCAUCACCAUCCUGGUUGCUACUCGUCUUCAGAAAAGGAGUCAUCCACGUCUACAUCUCCAUUUCCUCCCUUUUGCAAUGCUCACCUUGGACAUUCACUGUGGAAAAAGGAUGAAAGAAGCCAAAGGGGGAUUUUAAGUGAAACCUGAAAGUUGUAUCUGGAGGAAGACCAAGACCACCUGAUUCCAGCAAACAUGGAUGGAAAACCCACCUGUGACCAGUGUGGGAAGGCUUUUACCACAGCAAAUGGCUUAAAAAUUCACCAACGCAUCCACACUGGAGAAAGACCAUAUGACUGUGAUCAAUGUGGAAAGGCUUUCACCACAGCAAAUUACUUAAAAGUCCACGAACGCAUCCACACUGAAGAAAGACUAUAUGACUGUGACCAGUGUGGGAAGGCUUUCACCACAGUAAAUGCCUUAAAAAUUCACCAACGCAUCCACACUGGAGAAAGACCAUAUGACUGUGACCAGUGUGGAAGGGCUUUCACCACAGCAAAUUACUUAAAAGUCCACCAACGUAUUCACACUGGAGAAAGACCAUAUGAAUGUGACCAGUGUGGAAAGGCUUUUCCCACAGCAAAUGUCUUAAAAAUUCAUCAACGUAUCCACACUGGAGAAAGACCAUAUAAUUGUGACCAGUGUGGAAAGGCUUUCAACACAGCAAAUUAUUUGAAAGUCCACCAACGCAUUCACACUGGAGAAAGACCAUAUGUCUGUGACGAGUGUGGAAAGUCAUUCAUUAAAUCAAGUUAUCUUAAAACUCACCAACGUAGCCACACUGGAGAAAGACCAUAUAUCUGUGACCAGUGUGGAAAGGAUUUCAACACAGCAAAUUACUUAAAAAUUCACCAACAGAUUCAUACUGGAAUAAGACCAUAUGGCUGUGACCGGUGUGAGAAGACUUUCACAGCCUUGUCGUCUUUACGUUCUCACCGCCGUGUUCACCACAAGCAGGUGAUGUACUCAUGUGAUAAGUGCACGAAGAUAUUCUCGUCAUCCUUCUCUUACCAGUGUCACCAACAGACCCAUAUUGGAGAGAAUCCUGACCAGUGCAAAUUCUGUGACAGAUCCUUUAUCACAGGUUCACAAUUUAUCAAGCAUGAAUAUGUAAAACAUUGCCAUUGUCAUUGAAGAACAUAACAUGCGCACACUUGAAAACCCUCAGUCUGACUUGUCAGUGUACAUCAAAGUUUUUGUACAUAUGGACUGACAGACAGAUGGACAAUACCCUUUGGCCAGUGUCGCCGAGGGUAAAAAACUGAACAGUUGUUCAAAAAUAGUAAGACUUUAGGGGGAGGUCCCAAUAUGGCUGUGUAGAGCAACAGCAUCUGAGUGAAUGGGACAACAAUUCCCCCAAAGGUUAGAGAAGAAUGAUUAAAACAACUUCAAAUUUACACAAAAUGUGCAGGGGAUGAAAAUAGAGAAGUUUAAGGCUAAAAACGAUGACUGAAGAACAGAGAAGAGUUUAUGAUGAGAUGACUGAUGGGGAAAAUGCAGAUCUCACACAGCUUGGGCAAGUUCUAGAGGGACUCACUGCUAUCGCGAAAGAAUAUACAAGACCUCAAAAAGGAGAUGGAGCACUUCUCACAAUUCAAGGAUGAGUUUAAAGAGGUGAAGCGAGAAUUUACUGGCUUUAAAGAGGAAAUGAAUAGAAAAAUGGCACAAAAUGUCGCAGAAGUACAUCGACAGUGGCGGGAAAUGACUGAGGCUCAGGUGCAGAUAACAGCUGGAGGAGUGGAACGUGAAAGCAAAAGAAACCAUCUUAUCCCUCUUAAAACAAUUGCAACUGUAAGAGAAAUUAACCCAAGUGGAAGGACAUGGAAGAGUAACUGUUGGACUUAUUUAGUAUGAUGUGAAGGCCUAACUCAGGUCUUCCCCAAAUCACUUGGGGGGUGGAAGGGGGGGGGGGUGCCAUCCCCCCACUCCUACCAACAGGGAGACAUGGGCCUUUUUUGUUGUGGAUCCCAGUUACUAUGUUCACUCAUUUGUUUCAUGUUUGUUCAUUGUGCUUAUGGAAAACAAUUAGUUGAUAAGAUUACUGUGAAGAUGGUGUUGAAUAUUAAUGGUUUAAAUAAUGUCCAAAUAAACCAUGAAGUGUUAACUAAGUUUAGACAGGAGAAUGUCAUUCUGUAAUAAAGUAUGAAAUAUUAAUAAAGAUAAUAUAAGGAUCAUUUGGAUGGGUUUUAAUAGUAUUGUGAGGAAUAGCUCAUUGAAUACAAACUGUCCACAGUUUUUCACACAUAAUAAUGAGACCCUAAACAAUCUCAGUGAUGUGGCAAAUGGGUUCAACAAUUUUUUUGUAGGUGUGGGAGCAAACCUGCAAAAAAGAUACAGUCCACCAUUAAGAGGGUGGGUGAAAGUUGAAGCUUUUUCUGAGAUAAAUCGUCACUCACUGUUUCUGAAGGCCAUUGAUGGAAAAAGAAAUUAUUGACAUUGUCAGAAAGUAUAAGAAUAAGACGUCCACAGACUGUCAUGGCUUUGAUAUGGGUUUAAUCAAAGACAUCACUGACACUAUAGUAAAAUCAUUCACUCAUAUUUGCAACUUGUCUUUUGAAAUUGGUGUGUGUCCAUCUAAAAUGAAAAUCACAGAAGUCAUCCCAUUACAUGAGAUCAGAGAUUCUUGUCAAUUCACUAACUAUAGGCCAAUAUCACUACUUUCCCAAUUCUCAAAAAUAUCAAAGAAGUUUUUUGUCAAUAGGCUGGAUAAUUUCACCAAUAAAUUUAAUUUGCUCACUGAAAGUCAGUAUGGAUUUAGACCUAAUAGAUCUACUUCUUCGGUAUUAAUGGGAUUAAUAGAAGAAAUCACAACUGCUAUAGAUAAGAACCAACAUCCAAUAAGAGUAAUUACAGAUUUGAAAAAAGCCUUUGACACCAUUGAUCAUCACAUAUUGUUAAAACCGGGAAAGUAUGGCUUCAGAGGGACUGUUCUGAACUGGAUUAAGAAUUAUUUACGAAAUAGGAAACUGUUUAACAGAUGGGUGAGUGUAAAUCACCUGAAUUGAACAUUACCUGUGGAGUCCCACAGGGGUCAGUGUUGGUUCCCAAACUGUUUAAUUUAUAUAUAAACAACAUAUGCAAGGUUUCAAAAAUACUAAAAAUUAGUUUUGUUUGCUGAUGAUACUAGCAUUUUUUGUUCUAGAGAAAAUGUACAGAGUCUUAUCAAGGCAGUCACAACAGA